CAAUAAUACCUUUUGAUAAAACUAUAGGUUAUAACAUUUUAUCCCAAAGUUUAUAUUUUUAUUGUUUUAUUUCUUGAAAGAACAUGGGGAGACAACCUUGUUGUGACAAAAAUGUAGUGAAAAAAGGUCCAUGGUCAUCUGAGGAAGACAAGAAGCUUACUAAUUUCAUCCUUAAUAAUGGUCAAUGUUGUUGGAGAUCUCUCCCUAAACUUGCAGGGCUAUUGAGAUGUGGAAAGAGUUGUAGAUUGAGAUGGACAAAUUAUCUAAGACCAGAUUUGAAAAGGGGACUUUUAUCAGAAUAUGAAGAAAAAAUGGUUAUUGAUCUUCAUGCUCAACUUGGCAAUAGGUGGUCUAAAAUUGUUUCUCAUCUGCCAGGAAGAACUGAUAAUGAAAUUAAGAACCACUGGAAUACACAUAUUAAGAAGAAGCUCAAGAAAAUGGGAAUUGAUCCAACCACUCACAAUCCAAUUACUAGUGACCAACUAACAAAAAAUCAACCAAUUAUUCAACAAGAAACACAAAUUCCUAUAGAGGAACCAAUUGUAGAAAUCAAAUCAGAAGCAAAACAAGAAGAAAACAAGAACAUUGGGACUUGUACAAAAAACAUCAACUCAAUUGAUGAAGUCAUGAAUGAUGACUUUUGUACUAAUGAAGUCCCCUUAAUUUCACCAAAUGAAAUUUUAGUCCCUCAUGAAUCAACAUCUUCAUUUUCUUCUCAAUCAUCCAUCAAUAUUCUUGAAGACUUUUUACCAAAGUGGCAAUGUGAUUUCAACAUGGAAAUUAGUUGGGCAGAUGAUGAUUUCAGAAGCACUUUAGAUUAUUUACUCAAUGAUGAUGAUGUUAGUGACAUGAACAACACCACCAUUUCCCAAGAUUGGUCUCAAGUGUUGGAAGUUUGAGAUAACACACUAUUAUUAAAAAAAACGUGAA